GUCAUUCAGAGGAAUCCGCCACCUGAAACGCGAGGAAGUGAAGGCGACUCAAUUGGGUAUAAAGCAUCAGCCAACAUCUGCCCCGAGCAGAGUGCAGCUGAUGAAAACAUCAGCUCGGAGCGCGCACACAGGACCUCGACGCUUUAUUUUAUUCACCCUUGGAUUUAUCACUUGGCAUUAUCGCGUCGGUGCACCCUGGGAGACGCAUCUCUCUCUUUUUUUUCUGCACUUAAAAGUGAAUGUGGCUCAGCAGCCACCAACACUAUACUGGAAUUAACUGACAUCCUCACAGAAAUUGGCGCACCUGUUACCUCCACGGAGCGCAUGACUAUGAUUCCUCCGGGAGACUGCAUGUAUGCGGGCAGAAAGAGGAGGAAACCCAUCCAGAAACAGAAGCCGUCCACUGCCAAUGAGAAAACCAACCCGUCCAAGCGGCAUCGGGACAGGCUGAAUGCUGAGCUGGACCGGCUGGCCAGCCUGCUGCCGUUCCCCCCGGAUGUCAUCUCCAAGCUGGACAAGCUGUCCGUGCUGCGCCUUGCAGUUUCCUACCUCCGUGUCAAAAGCUUCUUUCAAGGAAGCCAAGAGAAGCCCUCCAGGAAGCACAUCAUCAACUCCGCAUCCUCCAACCCUGAACCCAGAAAAGAGAGUCUUCCAAUGGCCACCACCGUCAACGAGAGCGGCCUCCUCCUGGAGUCUCUCACAGGCUUUGCCUUGGUGGUGAGCAAUGAUGGGAUGGUCUUCUAUGCUUCCUCGACCAUUGUGGAUUAUCUGGGAUUUCAUCAGACUGACGUGAUGCACCAGAAUGUGUUUGACUACAUCCACAUAGACGACCGCCAGGAGUUCAGACGCCAGCUCCACUGGGCCAUGUGUCCUCCACAGCACCAGGGGUCGGCGGCACACCAGGAUAACCAGCUACCUACCGCGACUGGUGAGGACUUUGUAGUCAGCAGCCAGUUUCACUCUGUGGAAGCAGGGGGAAUUCCUCCUGAGCUCUCCUGCUUUCUCAACAGAUGCUUCAUAGCCAGGGUUCGAUGUCUCUUGGACAGCACAUCUGGAUUUUUGACGAUGCAGUUCCAGGGUCGACUGAAGUUCCUCCAUGGGCAGAAAAAGAAGUCAGCCUCCGGGACUCUGCUGCCUCCACAGCUGGCUCUGUUCUGUAUCGCCAAGCCUCUCCUGCUGCCCUCCAUCACCGAGAUGAAAAUGAAGAACAUGUUAAUACGUGGAAAGAGCAAGAGUGGAGGAGCAGGAGGGAUUAUCUCUGCAAUGGAGCACGGUGAGCGAGGAGAACACCUUCGCAGGCACUCCUUCAGUGGAGGAAUGGGUGAUAUUGCAGACCCUCUCCUCCUCUCAUGUCCCACUCCUGGCAGUACCCAGCGAGGUAACCACACUCCUUGGACCCCACUCUCCAAAGACAACCUCAAGUACCGCCCCGAUGGUUACUACAACCAGGAAGAGCCCCUCAACUACUGCAAGUCCUCCAUGGCUUCCCAUAAAGGUCUCAGCCCAGGUCUAGGCACCAGCUGGCCUCUUCGUCCAAACUCAGGUCCACUCAGAGGAAACCAGGGUGUCGGCUAUGUGCCCUCUAACCGCAUGAACAAGGCUGGUCAGUAUGGGAAGCCGUACCGCCUUUCCCCGAGUUGCCACAGCGGCAGAGGUGGCGAAUUCUUUGUGUCUAAGCUCUACGGCAACAUCCAGAUUCCUGCUGACCCAGAUGCUUACUGCGUGGACCUGGUGAAGAGCGAGAACGGCUACGGAGAAUGCUACGAUGGCCAUAUGAUGCCCGAAAUGCCUCCCAUUAAAGUAGAACACGACUCAGACUCGGAAAAUGGCUGCGAUGCCUACGGGCGACCCUGGGUUUGCCGCGACCCAGAGGCCGUCGACCGUCGCUACGGCAACGGGAUGUACGACCACAGCUCCAGCAUGCAACUCAAAUCGGAGGCAGAUUAUUACGAUCCGCAGUAUUCACCUUGUCAGCGGGGGAAAGCAGGCAUCAGCCCGCCGUACAACAACGGCAACUAUCAAAACUAUGCCAAUACCAGCGCACGUUUAUUAAAGUGCGACAAAGAUUUGGGAAACAACAAUGACACCAACCAGUUUAGUCCUCAGACACUCUCUCACUCAGACUCUCUAUGCAACAACCAAUCCAUCAACCUCAUGGACUCACACGUCUACCCACAGGAGCCUCACAAGGCCUACAUGCACCAAGACUACAACAAGCAUGGGACUUACGAGUUCAAAGGCCAUGGCCUCAUCCACUCAAUCAAGCGCGAGCCCAUGGAUUCCCCGCCAUGGUCUGAAAGCGGCCAUGAAAUGAACCAGUCCAUGAUGGUUGGUCCGCGCAAUGUUAUGCCAUGUGUGAUGAGCGCAGGACACCACAAAUCCACCCCUUACAUUUAUAUGCCGUAAGAGUGAACGGCGCCUCAUCCACACACACACUCACACACAAACAAACAAACAAACAAACAAACACAAUCGUUGUGCAUUAUAGUACUUUGUAUUAUUAAUGUUUUCCUACACAUGCACCAGCAUUACAAAUGGACCUUGGUCUUUGAUUAUGAGGAUUCCCAGGAUGUCAAGUACCUCUUCAGUUUGAUGAAGAGGUCACAAAUAAGGCUCAGGUUCUUGUGUUAGUGAACUUGUGACAAUCAGAAGUUGUUGUUUUUGUUUAAAAAAAAAAAGUAAUAAUUUAUCCACUUUAUAGAUAGAUGAUUUUGUUUUUAAAGAAUAUGUUUUGUAGUUCCAAGCACGUUUGGAUUUAGCGACAAUGAGACAGUUUAUGUCUAGAAACACCAUUUCAUUUUUGUUUUACAUGUUUGGCUUUUGUGGGAGGAACAAAUAUUUUGUUGUUAAAAAAAAAAAAAAAAAAAAACCUGUUUCAGGACACAGGAGAUGACUUAUCACCUGUUACUGUUUAUUAGAACUCACUUAGGAGUACGAUAUAAUAACUUGCCCUGAAGAUUUAGUGGAGCUGACUGGUGUUAGUGCUGUAUUAACAAUAUAGCCUAUUUCAUUACGAGGCCAGUGAUGUAUGAAAAGAAGCUUCUAUUACUAAUCUCUGUUAUCAGCAUGAAAAUCAGCAUGAAAAUGUGAACUUACUUGAAAUCCACUUCAGUAAAAAUUGGUCAAUGUUACAAAUUAUUACAAGAUAAGAUUCUGCCACUCAUACGUUCAAAUGACCAUUGAGUGUCUGCUGAAAAACAGUUUCCAAUGCACGACAAAGCCAAAUUUGUGUUUGUGUUCUUGAUUUUACAGCAUCUUAGCUUCCAGUGCUCACUCUUUCUUCACACCAUCCAUGAAUAAGGAGAGUUUUGAAAAUUGACCUUGCUUGCUGCAAUGAUAUAAAGUACAGUGUAUGCAAUUUGUGGACCAAAACAUGUUAAAGUACUGGUGAGGCCAAAGCUUUAAAUAGUUUCACAUUUGUUUGUUGAACUGGACACAAUUUGAUUGGACACAUAAUGGCAACAGGGGGCACAGUCAGUAAGUGGGCCACUAAUGUUCUGUUGAGCAGGUAACUGCUCUGUACUUGCUCUGUGGUUCUGACCUUGUCUUGGAAGCACUAAAAGGAAUAACAUAAUUAAAUUCAGUGUGCGCAAUAAAAAAAAAAGAA